UCUAGUCUACAAAUGGUACUACUUUAUAUUCUUAUCUAGCUAUUCACUCCUAAAUUGGUCAUGAUCCAGGAACAUCAAACUCCAUUUUCUCUCUAUUUAUAUGGCGAUAAUAAGUAAGAUAACCUUCAAAGUUGUUCCAUUUGGUAUGAAUUAGGGAAGAAAAAACCAUGAUGAUGAGCAAGAUUUCGAGGAGAAAUAUCUUAUCAGGAAAACAAAAGAAAAAAGACAGCGAGCGUAUGAAGAAAAACCGACUAUUGAUUACUGUUAAUGUGCUGGGGAGUCCAGGGCCAUUGAGGUUGUUGGUGAACCAAGAUGACACAGUUUCAACUGUUAUCGAUUCAUCUCUGAAACUUUAUGCUCGUGGUGGAAGGCUUCCAGUUCUUGGAUCUGAUUUUAAGAACUUCUUACUCUAUACAUCAAACGCACCAUCAGAUGGUAGCACAGAUGCUUUUACAUAUGUUUCUAUUCAUACCCAUAUGAGAUGCUGCUGCGCUUUAUUCAAUUGUUCACCACUGAGUUCAAAUGAAGUAAUUGGGUUAUCUGGUGAGAGGAACUUUGUGAUGUCCAAGAAGAUGAUGAAUAAUCUACCAAUGGCCAAAAGUAGGACUGAUACGAUCGCUCAUGUCCAAGCAGAGAGUCGUAGUUGGAAAUCGUGGCUCCAUAGUCUGAAUAAAUCAUGCAAGAUUAUAUCACAUUGAUGUAACUGCCUGAAAGCUAUCAAAUGUUUUUCAUGGUAAAUAAAAAACAGAAGCCGAAUGAAAUGGUACCUUUUUUCAUAUGAAA